CUGCAUGUCAGUCCAGAUGAAGCAGAGAGGAAGUGGGGGGGGGGCAUCAAAGUCACGUGAUCUUCUCCAAGUGACAGCACAAAGAAGCCGUCAGGACUCACCGCCGCCCCCUGCUGGUCAGCCGCUGCCCCCUCUGUCCGUCAGAGCAGGAGAAGACAACCUCAGAGGCGGCGGCGGCGGCAGGAUGGGCUCCGGCAGCUCCAGCCUGAAACACAUCCCAGACGGCCAGCAGCUCAUGGAGGAAACGGGCUUUUCUGCAGCUCAUCUCCUGCGGCUCCAUGAGAGGUUUGACUUUCUGGACAAAGACGGCCGAGGACACCUCAGGCCUGAAGACUUUGAAGAAAUUCGGGAACUGACUGAGAAUCCCAUCGGAGGCCGAAUCAUUGCAGCUUUCUUUCCUCCAGAAAAAGAGAGGCUGGACUUUCCCUCCUUUGUCCGGAUUCUGGCUCAUUUCCGUCCAAUCGGGAAGAACCGCUCCAGAGACCGAGCCCAGCCGGAACAAGCCAACAGCAGGACAGGGAAACUCAAAUUUGCCUUCGAGCUCUACGAUCAGGACAGAGACGGGAAGAUCUCCAGAGAGGAGCUUCUGCAGGUGCUGCGAGCCAUGCUGGGCCUGCAGGUGACGGAGGAGCAGCUGCGGAGCAUCGCCGAGCGAGCCGUCCAGGAGGCCGACAUCGACGGCGACGGCGCCAUCUCCUUUGACGAGUUCAAGAAGUCACUGGAGAAAGUGGACAUGGAGCACAAGAUGAACAUCCGCUUCCUGAAAUGACGACGAAAGGACCCGAAGAGUUUUCGUCUUCGGUUUGCUGAAGAGGCGAAACCGAGAAAUUAUGAAGUGCUGGAAGUGUGAAUGCUGAGGAAGAGGGUUUUUGUAGAUCAACCCAGUCAAGUGAUCCACAGGCCUGGAGCCAUUGGCAUUCAUCUGACAGCCCUUCUAAAGUGUCUGGAUGGAACUCCAAUAAAUGUAGAAGACAAGACCAAA